CCGACUUUCCAAAUUCUCUGACACUUGCCUAUAUUUACCAUUCGAAAAAUUUUUGUUAUUGUGUUAAAAGAAGAAUGUGAAGAUAGCAAUUAACUUCUACAAUUUGAAGUUGUCAUUGUUCGAUUUUGAAAUUUAAUGGCUGUCAUCGAAGUUAUUAUAAUCUUGUGUGCAGAACGAGAUGACGAUACCGUAUGAGUAAUAUAAGUAUUAGUUCAAGUGACUCAGGUUCCAAUAGAAGAAGGACAAACUUCAAGGCUCUUAGAGGAAGUAAUAAACGGAAAAAAAAAUUUUAUAGCAGAGAUAACAGUAUCAGAGAGAACUUCUGCAAUCUAACACUGGUACCCAGUUUAUUUAUUUCAAUCGGUCUUGUCGUUAUAGGAUCGAUAUAUUACUCAGACUGUCCAAUACUAAGAAAUACGAUUCCUAUUUAUCUAAUUGUAACAGGUUUAUUGGGAACUAUUUAUAUAAUUUUGAGUUUGGUUGUAAGGAGAACAUUUCUAUUUAACAAUAUAUUGGCUUUUAUUAUGAUUGGUUUGUUUCUGAUUGGUACUGGAAUUUUGGUAUCGUUCGAUGUUACAAUGGAUACGACAUCUGUAAAAUUCUGUCACCCAACAUUGUAUAUAACUUUUAUAAUCUAUAUGUGCAUCGAAUAUCUUAUGACUAUUUUAAUUUUAUUGUAUUUAUGUGUAGGACAUUUAUCUUAGUAAGAAAAUAUAUAAAGACACACAAAGUUAAAA